AUACUGGCCGAGCGGAAUACAAAAUAGACUACUAUUUCUGAAAACCCCAUCGUUUUAAACUUGGCAAGGAUGAGGGUCUCAAUGGGGUGAUGGCUUUUACGGCUAACGGUUAAAAUUUUGGCCGAUUUACGGCUAACGGUUAAUGUCUUUCCAUUGUUGUCACAGGAAAUAUUUUUCGGUUACCAUUUUUUUACGAUUAACAGUUAAAAUUUGUCAAUAAUAUUAGAGAGUUCUGGAUUCAAAUUUGAUGUGUUAACCGCAAACGUCAAACCGCGGUUAGAAGUUAGACGUCUGGAAAUUUUCAACUUUUUAGAUCGACGUCGCUUUUCACCGACCUGUAAAAAUCAACAUGUGUCGCCAUCUUGAAUUACACAAAAGAUGAAGGUUCUUCAUUUCAAACACAAAUUGUGGAAAAAGUUUGGUUAUCUAGCGUCCCAAACGGGUUGGUUGAGAAGAAAAGAUUUUAUUUCACAUACAUUUACGGGACAUACGUGAGAACUUUCGAACAGGAGGAGGAAAAGGGCCAAGGGAAUGCUUAUGACCCUCCUCGACAAGGCAGAGCCUUUAAGUUCGACACUUAGAUAACUCGCCCUUCGACGCCUGCAUACCAAAGCUAUCACGAAGUACAAGUUUGCAAUUGAAGUCUAAGGAUAUAUUUUCAUUAGCCACCAACAUAUAAUGUGGCAUAUUUUCUUGUUUCCUGUAUCCUACAGACGGUUUACGCUCUUCGGAUUGAAUUUAAGCCAGAAUAUUUUGCAGAGUAACAUGUCCACCAACUCAACCAACCAAGACAACCAGGGAAACUUAUCAGAAACUACAGCUGAAAUCGAGAAGGCUGCGAUAUACUCGUCCAUCAAGUCUCUUGAAAACCUUCCGUUGGAGAUUUGUGAUGAUCCUUUGCAAAGUAUAGAAGAAAUCGCCUUGAAAAUCUUUGCUAACUCGAUUGUCAGCGACCUCCUUAUUCGCACAUCUCGCCUUGACGUCUUUUCAAAAGAGCUGGCAAAAUCAUUCAGCGAUGAUCUGGAGUCCCUCUUGAUGGUCAGGAAACUAAAGUAUUUCUACAACCAACCAACUGGUGCAGUUUUACAGCAACUUGCCAGUCUUGUGCAAAGAUCUUCAAGUAAUACUGUGGUCAUUUCCAAAUGGAAUGAGAUGGUUAAGAUGUUCAUAGACGAUAAGACAUUGCGAACCAUGCCUUUGUGCCGUUUUCUUCAAGAGACAGACUGCCCAGAAUGUUACUUGGAGAACGCUGAACAUCUUGAGAAGUUUGACCCACACGGCCUCUACCCGACGUCCAUUUAUGGAAGAUGCGAAGGAGACGUCCUGGCCAAAUCAGAUGCAUCCCUUGUCGCCUGCACUAGUAAAUAUACACUGACGACAACUGCUAAGAUAGUUUACGAGGUGUUGAGCCCGUCCAACCCCGAGCUUAGAAACGUGUAUCAGUCCAUUGGAAGGUGUGUGGCAGUAGUUGACAAAAAUGUGGAAAAGAUCUAUGGCGCGGCUCUACAGACUUAUUUCGAUGAGUUCUCUAUUGAGCUAAAGAAGCUUGUCCUUUCCGCAGAGGAAAUCGACAAAGACAUAGCCACUGUGCAGAGUACUUUGGUACUGUUAAAGAAGCUUGGCGUAAGAAGAAACGAGCCUAUUUUAGUGGUCGGUAAUGGUGUAUUACACGACGUUAUUGCCUGUGCUGCCUCUCUGUACCAUCGUAAUACACCCUACAUCAUGGUGUCUACAAGUGUUGUGGCGGCCAUCGAUGCAGGCUUGUCACCUCGCACUGGGUGCGAUGGAUUCGGCUUCAAAAACCUCUUCGGUUCGUUUCACCCCCCUGUCCUGGCGCUGACUGAUAGAAGCUUCUUUCGAACCCUUCAUCGCGGCUGCUUGCGCCAUGGCAUUGCCGAAAUUGUCAAGAUGGCGAUAGUUAAGGAUGAAGAACUCUUCUGCCUUCUCGAGCAGGAGACCUCCGCUCUUCUGUGGACCAAGUUUGGCACUGAGAUGGAAGAUUUCAGAGGAGAUAAAAAAGCCUUUGAAGAUGUUUGUGACCUGAUUAUUGGCAAAGCUCUUGAAGAUUACAUGAGAUCGGAAUACAGCAACAUGUUUGAAACGCACCAAUGUCGACCGCACGCGUAUGGACACACAUGGAGCCCUGGGUACGAGCUCCCUGGAGGAAUGCUGCACGGUCAUGCUGUAUCCACUGGGAUGGGUUUUGGCGCUUACCUUUCCUUCUGUAAAGGCUGGAUCACACAAUAUGAGCUGGAUCGAAUUUUAAAGCUUCUCAGCGACCUUGAAUUGGCUCUGUGGCAUCCCAUAAUGGAGAAUACAAAGCUCGUGUACAAAGGCCAAGAAACCAUGAUUGAGAAACGUGCCGGUAAUUUGGCCGCACCUGUCCCUAAAGGGCUUGGAAAGUGCGGCUACAUUAACAACAUGCCUUAUGACCUCCUUCAAAAGCGCCUUCGAGAAUAUCAGCAGAUUACCCAGCAUUGCCCCCGGCAAGGGAUGGGAAUUGAGGUCCAUUGUGAGGAUAUUGGGAUUAAGUGCCCAACUCCUAUUGUAAACAACAACAACAACAACAACAACAACGACGAUGGAGAAGUCCCAGUGGGUACAGGGAUGAACGGUUUCCAUUGCAAUGGAGACGCAAAGAAGUAUGAGAAAAGCUUCGCUUCUCAGGUGCCCUUGGAAUGGCGGGAGAAAAAUACCAACAGCCGACCUGUUAAAUCACUCAGGGCCUGAAGAACAUGGAAGAUAGGCGGUUAGAGUCCCACAAAGGAAUGCUACUUUUUGAAAUAUUCUACGUAGAACACUUGCACGUUUUUUAUUGUGAGUGUUAAGGCAAAUGAAAUAAAGUGGGUUUCUUUUUAUAGCCAAAUGACUGUAUGUUGCCGACUCUACCUUGAAAAUAAA